UUGACGAUGCUAACAUUGACGACCUGUGUAGUGAUUUAUUUUGUCUCUUUGUAUUUCUAAAGACCCUGUCCUCAGACCCAGAGGCGAUCCUGUGUAACAACACCAAGAUGCUGCGAGAGCGCCUGAGCAUCGCUGGAGAUAAAGUGGGGGGGGAGCACCGCGAGCAGGAGGACGACUACGUGUACGACCUGUACUACCAGGAAACGGUGACGGCAGGGUGGAUCCAGGACAUCCUGUCCGUCAGGGCCUACGCCGACGAGGGAGAACUGGUUCCUGACCAAGUAGUGCAUGAAGAGGAGGUGUAUGAAGAUGAGGAUGAUGAGAACGAGGAAGGCAACUGGAGGAACGACUACCCCGAUGAGGGCAGUGAUGCAGACAGCGACCGGGAGGAGCGCUAUGGUGGUUACGCGGAGGAUGAGCACUCGUACAGCCGGAGGAGCUGGGGGCUCUACCAGAGGGAGGUGGCGCAGGAGCUGCGGGGUGAAGAUGACAACGAGGAUGAUGAUGGAGACAAAUAUAAUUCCGAUUGAUCUAAACCGCACCUGUCUGUGGAUCUUCCCAACGCCCUCUCCACAAAUAUCACCAAACUCCAGACCUCUGUGUAGUUGAGAGUGGGGGGGGGAACACACUUUAAAGAAACCAGGACAUGGGUGUUAACGUGUAGCAAUACUUGUGUAGCACCAACCAGGUUUCAAUUGGCUGGAAACCUCCUCAUAACUUAACAAAGUACAUUUCACAUGCAAAUGCCAAAAAGCUCCCACAAUGGAGUCAUUCAGAUCCACCCCCCCCCCACCUCUCCUACACAGAGGGUGGAGCAGUGUGCGUUAUUUCCUGGAGGAUCCAGAGUGUCUUUUUCUCUUUUCUUUUUUAACUGGUGGAGUGAACUUGUGUGUGGGUGUUUGUCCAAUGUGGAUGUGUGUUAAACUGUUGCACAUUAGUGUGAUAUGCCUUGUAUGCUUUGUGCUGUUAACACUGUGUAAGUGAGACGUGUCGGGCCGCGCGUGGUUCAGUUUAGGGUGCAGCGUUAUGUGCAUGGUAGUGUGUGUAGGUAUAACUGUGUGUUAGAAUUUUCUGCAUAAUGUGAAAGCGUGACGCAUAUGUUUUGUUGUGGGUGUGUGAGAUGGUUCAGAAAUUCCCCCUUGAAGCUCAGAUUGCUUGGAUGCUUGUUGAAUUAAUUUUUUUGUAAAUAUGUAGAUGUGUAUAAAAACAAAGCUUUGAAAUAAACUUUAAACAUCUCAGUGUC